CACAGGAGAGCCGUCUACCGCUGACUGACUCACGGCCGCGGUCUGUUAGAAGCACCUGGCUGUCGGAGGACUGUGGACACUGAGCGGCAUGGAUGCUUUUUUACAUCUGCGAAUUUGAACGCAGACAAGCAGGAAAACCAAACAGCAACAACAGAAACCUGGGUGCUAGACGGAGUUAUGUCGGCAGGCAAGCAGCAAGACAGUGAGGCAACAACGCCUCUGUACGUGUAUGAGUCCAAAGUACACUGUGCCAAUGUGCUGUUGUGCCUGGAGGAGCAACGGCGGCAGGGCAUCCUGUGUGAUGUGACUGUACUUGUGGAGGGUAGGGAGGUACGAGCUCACAGGGCUGUCCUUGCAGCUUGUAGCCGCUACUUCCUGCAAGCUCUGCUGAGACACAGCAGGUCACCUGGAGAUGCCGAGCUCAUCAUUAGCCUGCCAGACAAGGUGACCGCCAAAGGAUUUUCUCCACUGCUCCAGUUUGCCUACACCGCCAAGCUGGUUUUAAGUCAAGAAAACAUCCAUGAAGUCAUUCUGUGUGCUGACCUCCUCGGUGUUCACAAUCUGGAGGACUCUUGUUUCAGGUUUCUUCAAGCCCAGCUGAAGAAUGACGCCCAACAUGCUAGCAAUGGCAAGGUGGAAUAUGACGAUCACAUCACAGCAGAGGAUCCAGUCUUUUCUGAGGGAAUAUCUUACAAUGACUCUGCAGACACAAGGCAGCAGGCUAGUCAUGUUCUUGGUGACCUUCCACAGUGUCCUAAAUAUAGGAAAUAUCAGUAUCAGAUUUGUGACAACAAGCACAAUGUAGGAAAGCAUCACAGUAGGGAUGAUAUAAUUUUGGCCAACCAUACCUCAAUCAGCCCUGUGAGCUCACAGUUCACAGACAGUGCUGUUUCACAAACACUUCUUACACCCUCCAGAAUCAAAGAGGAACCCUUUGUAUUUGAGGAAGGAGUAGAUGAAAGGAAUGGCAGCAACUCAGAUUUAUGUACUGAGGAGGUAUUGGAGAUGGAGUUAGAGGUAGAAGGGGUUCCAGUAGAAGACAUGCAAUCUCCAAGCCAAGUAUCAUACUCUUCCUGCUUGCGUUCCUACCUCCAGAGAGGUGGCCUCAGCAGCAUGCCAAGCACCACCAUUGAGCAGCUACUCACCAACCGAUUGUCUCUUAACCACUACAAGGAACUAGUUAAAGAGAGACCACAAAAAAAGAGGGAAUCUCUGGAUCAAGUUCACUUUAACACUGGCAUUGCCAAUGUGAUACCAGCAGCAUUGACUGGUUUAAGCAGAAACCUUGAAAAUUCAGUGUCCAAAGCUUCCUACUCUAAAUAUGAAGGGAAGCUGGACAGACGCAGCGUCAUUUUCUCUUCUGUGCCUGGUGAGCAACAUGUUUUGGCCCAUCCUUACGCUGAUGAGGCAAAGAAGUCCCCUCCCUCUAGUCGGUCAUGCCUCACUACCAGCUGCCUCGUUUCAGUCAAGACAUCAGUGGACUCUCCUAAUACAUCUGAAUCACACAACCAGACUUCCAGCUCCUGUUCCUCAUACUCUUACCCAGAAGAUGCAGCCUUUGGUAGCUCACUUUCCACCUUGUCCGAAUUCGGCUUUGCGUCAUCCCCACACUCAGGCUCAAUCUUGGGACUGCCUCACUGCCUGGCUGGGGUGGUGGAGCAGCAGAAUCCCAACAAAGAUGUGGUCUUCACUCAGGGUUGCUCAAAGAUUAAAUCUGAAAAGGCAUUCAGUGCUAGUGGUGGCAACUCCAGUGAUGAAUCAGGCUCUUUCUCUGAGGGAGACAGUGAAAGUGGCACCUCCAGAAUCUCUGGCCCUGAGGUGAAGCUGCCAUUCCCUGUAGACCAGAUCACCAACUUGCCACGCAAUGACUUCCAGAUUCUUAUCAAGAUGCACAAACUGAGCUCUGAACAGCUGGAAUUCAUCCAUGACAUCCGCAGGCGCAGUAAAAACCGCGUUGCUGCCCAGCGCUGUCGCAAGAGGAAGCUAGACUGCAUACAGAACCUGGAGAGUGAGAUUCACAAACUGAUAUAUGAGAAGGAGAAGCUGCUAUGUGAGCGCAACCGGCUGAAGGUUUGUAUGUCUGAGCUGUUGCAGAACCUCUCUUUCCUCUCCCAGCAAGUGCGUGGGGAGGUGCAAGGCACCCAUCCACCUUCCAACUCCACCUGCAUCGAUCUCACGUCCAACCCUCCAUCCCCUUCUACUGACGAGGGGUCAAUCCAAUCUAGGUCACCUGUCUCUCAGCAAAAUGAGGUUGCAUUUGCAUCUGAUUUGGAUGCCAAUCACAUGGGGCUGGAGGAUAAGGAAUGUGGAGAGGAGGUGUUGCCUUUAGGGCAGGAGGACCCUGAGUGUUCACUGGUGCUUGAAUCUACUGAGGAAGUAUGUAGCCCCACUGUAACAGUGGAUUUCUGUCAGGAGAUGACUGUGAAAUGCACAACAGAAGAACACAACAGACAAGACUGUGCUUAGAGUUUGGUGGUAAAUAACCAACUGUGCAUACUUUGAUAUUUAUUUAUUGUCUUUCCAGCAAUACUGUUUUUUGGACUGGUAUAAAGUAAAAGCAUUGGCAGCUUUCACUCUUUUUCUAUGAUCCAUUGGACUUUCUUCCUGUCAACUUCCUUCCCUCUCUCAUGCAUCGUGGGAGGUUAAACUCAGGAAUUCCACAGAAUGUACAGUAAUAUGCUUGUUAACAUGUACCUGCACUUUGCUUUGCAGCCCUGCCUCAUCUUGACAGUUACUUUUGUCCAGAAUGAUUCAUGGUAAAUGUUUGGAUAUAUGUCAGUUUUCAGGUCCAGUUUAGUUAUGUUAUUUCUGUUAGUGUUAUUUAUCUGUAUGUGACUUUAAGCUGUUGUGACUUUGCACCUAUUUUACAUCAGUUUAUUGAUGCCCCCAUAGUUAUUUUACCAAGAAUAUUAAAAUUUCCUCAUAUCUCUUUAUGGAAUCACAGCACCACUGCUUAUACCUAUGGUUUUAGCAAUACCAGGCUGAUGUCACAUGGCUAAAAACAGUGACUGUUUUAAAUGAUAAAUAAGAUGGUUUUAGUUUCCGUGAAAGCUGGGCUAACAGUUGCCUAAGUCAACAUGACUUAGGCAACUGAUGUUGUCAUGUUGACCACAUGACAAGUAGGUUACCGUAAGUCAGCAUGACUUACGGUAACCUGUCCUGGCUCUGGUUCAGUCCUUAAGGCAGAGACAUUGUUUGCAACAGCACACAUGGUCCCUUGCAGAAUUACAUAGAUGAUGAAAUUAAUGA